AUUACUGAGGAAUUCGUUCAGUGGGGAUUUACUCGUUCCGGUGUCUUUGGCUCUCGCGUCUUCAUCUCAUCGGAUACUCUCAUCAAAUUGGGCAUCUUCAUUUCUACUUUCCAGGAUUUAAAUAAAUUGGUUUCCGAUUCAUUGGAUUAAAAAGAAUAACUGGCGAAGAUCUACUGAUUUCGACGAGAGAUACAAUCUUACAUCAGGUUCCUAGCCAGACAUGUCCACGGAAGCAAGUGUCUAAGCCAGUUGGUAGAAGACAUGAUUAGGCAGGGUACGUUGCCAUCUAAUCGAUGAACACAAGAAUGAGACAAGUCGAUGGAUACCCAAGACCUCUUCCAAAAUAAUCAACACGUGAUAAUGGAGGGCAGGUCUGAAACCUGCCAAUGUGGCGGUGCUGAUCACCAUCGCAAACGUCUUGUGCGUGGCCAUGACUGCCGAGGUCAAGGCCAACAACAUGGCCGCCGCACAUGGUUGACUCCUCUUUAUGCAUUCACAGCCUCUUUCAUACUAAGAACUUUUCACUGGAUAGCGGCAAUGUUGUUUCUUUUGGAUACUAGACGUUUAGCUUCGAUUCUGUUUGGAAUAUUAUUUCAAUGGAGCAAGUCUGUAUCACUGGCACAGGGCAGUGUUAUAUUACUUACUAUAUUAGGUUUUUUCAAGUCUUCCCUAGGUAUUUCCAUGACGGUCACCAAUAAUCCGUCUUAUAUUCUCACGGGCACAAACUGCUGGAACAUGACAGACGAGGAGUGGAGUAGAAAGAUUUUUCAUACAACAGAUUAUCCUGAUAAUUAUAAAAACGAAACUGACUGUGCUCAACUACUUAUAGCUCCCAGGGGAUAUAUAGUGCAAUUAGAUACCCGAGAUGCAUUUCAUAUAGAGGAAACUCCAGACUGUGUGUACGAUUUCUUAGAAUUCCGCGAUGGCCCAUACGGGUACUCACCGCUUCUAGGCCGUUAUUGUGGCAAUAUCCAUCCACCCAUCAUCACAUCAGCCUCACGAUACCUGUGGACCAGGUUCAGAUCAGACGACACCAUAGAACGUUUAGGAUUUAAAGCUGUUUUUACUUAUAUAAAAGACCCAAAAGCCAUCGAGAUAGACAAUAGCAGGAAUUUUACAGUAGGGCAACAAGGAGACAUGGGAAGCGACGACGAUGCUGACUACCAAGUAUGCAGAAUAGCCUUAAAUGAAUACAACACGCCGUCUCGGUUAGAUGGUACCAUCUCGUCCAGACACAGCAUUCCGAAAUGGGUGAUAUCACGCUCCGAGCUUCAUAACCUGCCUUUCAACUGCACGUGGGAGAUCAACGCACCCAGGAAUUAUCAGAUAUCGCUUCGCUUUUUGUACAUAAAAGACAUGUUAUCCAAAAAAUGCAAAGAUAGCGCUAUAGAGAUAUAUGACGGCCGGUCACUGGAGUCGGAUCGGAAGGCGAAGUUGUGUACUAACAAUGCAAUAGACUACCUGUCCACAUAUAAUAGAGUAAUGAUCAGACUCUACUCGCGUGAUGUUAACCAGCGUGCCUCAUUCCAAGUCCAGUAUACUCUCUUCACGUCAGGCCACUCAGGUAUUUGCACUAGCUACGGGUAUAGGUGUGCAGCCAAUAUAUGCAUCAAUAACACCCUCUUGUGUAACGGACGCGAGAACUGUCAGUCAGGGUCGGACGAGACGUACUGUGACGGAGCGACAGCAACUGUCGACACACCCGCAGGGUCCGGUAUGACGGACUACCACACCAUUAUCCUGGGCGUUAUCGGCGGCAUUCUCUUCAUCUUCAUCGUCAUCUGCGGCUGCACAAUCUGCGUCCACAAAAGCAAUGAAAUUAGCCGGAGGAAAAAGGCGAAAAAGCUUGAAAAGGCUGCGAAAAAGGGGGUUAGCAAAGGGAAAGGUGGCAAGGGUAAAAGUAAAAAACAGAGACCGAAUGUGGAGAUGAGGAACUUGCUCAAUCAAACACCACCGCUGCCGCCUCACAUGACGUCACACAUGAUGAUGGACGGAGCGGUGGGAGGUGCUACAGCGCUGCCCAUGGACGGACGUGGCAGACAUUACGUGGAGGAUUAUGAUCACAGGGGGUACAAUGAUCCGUAUGAACCCCGUCUCCAAGGAACCCCCUACCCCGAUAGAAAUGCUGAAAGUCCCAAUCACAUUAUCAUUGACAAUCUACAGCGAAAGAAUAGUAUUGGAACUCAAACGCCUGGCACCUCAAGGUCACCGGGAAUGUCAAGGUCACCUCAUGACGUUUCUAGGUCACCACGUGACUACCCGAUGCCUAACCCAAGUUCGAGGUCACCGCAUGACUACCCUAUGCCAAAUGCGUAUUUUGAACCCAUCUCUGGUCCGAUUGAUCGCUACGUCAGCUUGACUCAUCCUGAGAGUCCCCUCCCGGCUCUCAGGGCCACUGAGAUUCCGUCCCUCAGAGCUGGGGAAGGGACGCCGCAGAAAACAAUCACAGUGCAAAUAGAGCGGGCGUGUACUCCGGUACAUUCUCACGUGACGGCUGGAACGAGUACGAGUUAUUCCGAGGAGCCUUUGGCGCCGUAUCACGAUCGCCCGCGCCACAAGGUGUCCAGGAGUAGCAGUGCGCAUGACAGUAUAAGGCGGACGCCGAGUCCGCGUCCCGACAUCAUCCAAGAUGGCGUCUAUACGUACACGACUGCGACUGCGCCGCACAGUCUCUCAAAUCACUGUUUUCCAAACCAUGAAAGAAAGACAUCUUUACCAGAAACUCGUAAGGAAAACCAUCAAUUUCAAGGUAAAAAGUCUCGGGCAAACCAAGCACAACCUGUAUAAGAUCAAAGCCCUUAAAUUUGUUCAUUUUUUAUAAGAUAUGAUUAUGGUUUUUGAAAACCAGAGUUUGACAUCUCCUCGAAAACAUGCUGUCAUUGCAGUAGUUACUUCGCGACUUAAUUUAGAUUUUAAGAGUUGGCAAAAUUGAAAGGCAAAUAAUUGAUAUCUCGUGAUUUUAAAGACCCGCCAGCCUAUAACAAUAUUCCAUGCAUCUAUACCUCUCACUAUGAAGCUUCUGUAUUGAUAAUUGUAGUGAUUGCAAAUUGGGCAUGUAAUUAUGAGCUAAGAGCAGUGGAACAGACAUAGCAAUAACAAGAGAAAAGACAGCAAGUUUCCGAGGGAAGUUGAAAUUGUUCGCACACAUUGAUUAAUUAGCUUUAUUAACAUUGAUUGGAGUUGAUCUACUUGUGAUAACAUUUGAAUAAUUGAUAUUGUGAUAAUAGUUUUCUUCAGUUUGAUGCUUGCCGCCUCCUAGAUGAAAUUUGGCUUUGGUGUUUCUGACUUCAUUUCUCUCUUCACUGGAGGCGGCUCUCCAACCUAGCUCUUUCCUGGUAUGCGUGACAUCCAGAUAGAAUACAGUGUCGCUGUACCUUUUUUUAAAGAGUUCGUUGAAUGGAUCCUCCCAAUUAGAGCUGAUAGCCCUUUUCUUCCUAAAGUCCCUUUAUGAGCAAGAUGUUUCAGAGAUUUUCCUGUGCCCCUUUCGUUUUGUUAUGAAUUUACAAGGCUUUCACGGAGGGGGAAUCGCAUUUAAGUUUCUCUCAUGGAAAACUAGAAUCUUUAUUUGGAAUUGCAACUCCGUGAAAGGCAUUUGAGAGUUUUAUAGUUUUCGAUACUAUUUCCCUGUACAUGAGUAACCUUUAUUUCGAGGAGUUGAUCUUUGUCUGUGUCUUCAGUUUGUGGUCUGUAACUAUCGAUUAGUAUUAAACUGCUGCAACUUAUCGCCAUAGUCCAAACUUGUCAUAUCGUCUGCCAUGUCUUUGCAACAUGGUCUUGUUUAACCUCCUUGAUUUACUAUAGUCAGACAAAUGCAUUGAUAAGUACUCUUCUGUCUCCUCGAAAGUAGUGCCGACGUGUUUACCUCUGCACCACUAGGAGCACCAGAUUCUUCCAAAUAAUGGAGACGCUUUAUACUUUUCAUUGAGUACCAUACACAGUUACGGUAAUGACAAAACUAUACACCAGGUAAUGUGUCGGCGCCACUUGGCAAUCACAACCAGCACAACCACGGACAACCACCACGACAAACGUGUCUCUUUAAAAUGCGGCAUGUGGCCAUUGUAUUUGAAAGUGCCAUGAUCAAUCCAUAGUCUUCUUACCCUUGUAAUCAUGUCAUUCUAGACGUACAGGGUGACCCAAAGUUAUGUCAUCCAUGAAAACGAUGAUAUAAUUCACGAUCAUUUAGUUUCCAACUUUGGAUUUCGUGCAAAAUGUUGGCCCGCCACGCUGUGAAGUCAUGCGCUGACCAGAGGUGAUGUGCGCGCAACGUGCAGUUGAAACCCGUGAUUUCACAACAUGUUCGUGACUUGCAUUCAUUUUGGGUUACCCUGUACCUGAAAAGAGGAGUUUAAUUAAUUAUAGUAUUUGUGUAUUUGUCUCUUUUGUUUAUGAAGUUAUAUGUUUUUUAUAUUGUUCAAAGUCGCCUUACCACUCUCUUGUCAUUUAUUUACUUGUUUUCCCGAACUUUGGCAAGAGGCGUGUGCCCUGCCAGGGGUGUCUCGGAGACUAGACAGGGAGUGGUAACGCGACGUUCUAGUGCUAUUAUAAUGUUAGAAUAAUGCAUUGAUACAGUCAGCAAGCAGCUCGUUUCGUGUACUCACUCUGCCAAUGCAGACUUCCAUCACCGUGUGAUAACAGCCGAGUGAAAAUACGAGGAGCAGUCAAUCGGUCUGUCUUGGCGGGUGUCUGUUUUGGAGAAUAGCCAUCAUGUCAUUGGCCAAAAUUAUCUAAUUGGUGAGACAUUUAAGAAUUUGAAGCACUACCCAUUAUCACAUUUUGUAUAAUUGCUAACUAGAUGAAUUAAUAAUUGAUCAAACUGUAAAUAGGUAUCAUAGGAAUUUUUAACGAUAUGACAUUGUUAAUGAAUACGGUGCAGUAUCAUGCGUCUCUUCACAUCGACGAGAUCCUAAUUAGUGUCCUGAUGUUCGUAUGUUUUGUUGAAAGCUGAUUCGAAUCGAAGGAGAGAGUUUAAAUCAAGUUUGUUUGUAUCACCAGCCAUGCCUAACUGGUGUUACCAUUGUAAGCAAGCAUGUGGCCACUCAGUCAUAUUCGUUUGUAUGACCAUCAAUCCUAUAUCAUUUGUGAAUUAGAAUAUUCGGAUAUUGCAUUAGGUGAUAAUAUGUACAAAGUUGAGUUGAAUUAUGUCAAUUUUCUAAAAGAAUGACGAUUUUUAC